CCGGUUCCGGCAGUACCGGGAGCCGAAUCGAGAUGGAGGAAGAUGCAGCUGGAGGCCAGCAGUCGCUGGGGACAGAGGAUAGAGUGGGGGCUGCGGCCUAGAGGUCCGGCCUUGGAGUUCGUCUCAGACGCGGUGGAACCGCUAGAGUCUGAGAAGGUCUCCAAGCACAAUGGAGGACAAACGUAACAUCCAGAUCAUCGAGUGGGAACACCUGGACAAGAAAAAGUUCUACGUGUUUGGUGUGGCAAUGACAAUGAUGAUCCGUGUCAGCGUCUACCCAUUCACCCUCAUCCGCACCCGACUGCAGGUUCAGAAGGGCAAGAGCCUCUAUCACGGGACCUUCGAUGCCUUUAUCAAGAUCCUGCGAGCAGAUGGUGUGACCGGCCUCUACCGGGGGUUCCUGGUCAACACCUUUACCCUUAUCUCUGGCCAGUGCUAUGUCACCACUUAUGAGCUCACCCGGAAGUUUGUAGCUGACUACAGCCAGAGCAACACAGUCAAAUCACUGGUGGCUGGUGGCUCAGCCUCCCUUGUGGCCCAGAGCAUCACGGUGCCCAUUGAUGUAGUCUCCCAGCACCUGAUGAUGCAGCGCAAGGGUGAGAAAAUGGGCCGCUUCCAGGUGCGCAGGAACCUGGAGGGACAAGGAGUUGUUGCCUUUGGCCAAACCAAGGACAUCAUUAGGCAGAUCCUGCGGGCUGAUGGGCUUCGCGGCUUCUACCGAGGCUACGUAGCUUCACUGCUCACCUAUAUCCCAAACAGUGCUGUCUGGUGGCCCUUCUAUCACUUCUACGCAGAACAGCUCUCCUACUUGUGUCCUAAGGAAUGCCCUCAUAUAGUCUUUCAAGCCAUCUCGGGGCCCCUGGCUGCAGCCACUGCCUCCAUCCUCACCAAUCCCAUGGAUGUCAUCCGAACCCGUGUGCAGGUUGAGGGCAAGAACUCCAUCAUCCUGACCUUCAGACAGCUGAUGGCAGAAGAGGGGCCUUGGGGCCUCAUGAAGGGCCUCUCAGCCAGAAUCAUCUCAGCUACACCAUCCACCAUUGUCAUUGUGGUGGGCUACGAGAGCCUCAAGAAACUUAGCCUCCGACCCGAACUGGUGGACUCGAGACACUGGUAACCAGUGUUGGGGAGAGAAGCCUGCUAUCUCCCACAUUACUCUGGGUUGGGGACAGAGUGGGGAGGAUAGCACCUUCUCCAAAUGCCCCCACCACAUACCCAUCCCUGCCCUGGGCCACGUGGACUGUCUGGCACAGGGAUAAAGACUUUGAACUGCUCUUGCUGAAAAGGUUCCACACCUGGAUCUCCUGCCCCCACUAUUUUUACUUCUCUUAUUGAACUGGGUUCCCUCACUCAGUCCCCUACUCAAUUAUGGCCUAAGGACCCCAAUUCCACCCUGCUAACCCUUUUUUUGUCUUCCCGCUCCAUCUGCAUCCCUGAGAUCCUGAGAAGAGCUGUAUAUUGAGUUUGCUUACUACCAGUCCAGAUUCCAAGCAGCUGCUAUCAGCUCUCUCUCACUUCAUUUCUUAAGCUUUUUUUAUUUUGGUACUAAGCUGCCCAUCAGACUACUCUGCUUUUCCCUGCCACUUGGGGGGCAAGGUGCCGGGCACUUUUGCACAGGGAGUAGGAGCAGCAAAAACCUCUGGUUCUCCAGAGCACUCAUCCUCUCUUUGGAGGUGUUAUUAGGUUGGAGAGAAAUGUUGAUACUUUAUUUCGUGUGUGUAUUUUUUUAAUAUCUGUGAACAUCUAAGGCUGUUGUCUUAGUCCUGCUGUCAGAGCCCACCCCUUCCUCUGACAGGUGGAAAAAUAUAAUGUAGCUUUUUUAAAA